ACGUAAUAGGAAGAUGAGUGAAACGGAAUGUGUAAUGAUGAAUGAUAGGUGUGAAGCAUGAUAAAGUAAGAGUGAAAGGGAUGACGUAUUGGGUGUGAAAGAGACAAGAAUGUAAUGUUAAAGAUUGUAGGAUGAAAGGAUUGGAAACAAGGACGAGAGAAAAAAAGACGUAUGGAAGACGAGCUAAGCUAAGACGUUGAGGUUGAAAAUAAAAGUAAAACUACGUUUUUAUUCAAGAAUCAGCUGUUUAAUUCGGCCCAAAUAUCCCCUACCCCACAUGUUUUUGGGGGCUCGUCCGGGAUAGGGUAUUAUUUUGGAGCCGAAAUACGACGUUACGACGGGAGCGGAGAUAACCUGUACCUAAGACGGUGUGGUGGCCGGCGAUCUCGCUUCAAAAUACGACGAAAGACGCUAACCGAAGACGGUAACGCUAGUUACACAGACAAAACAAGACGAAAUGGGUGGACGCGACGAAGAAGGGCGCAGACUAAGUCGCCAAGCCGACUACAGUGAAGACGACCACGCGGUCAAACUACCGUUCUGCAGAGAUUGGGCUGCAUUUGGUACAGACCAUCUGGUCUCCAAGUUCAGUGGCCAAGAUAAGACACAUUCUGCUGCUAGAUGGGCGCAGGACAUCGACGAAAACUCAGAAAUAUUUCAAUGGACGCCAUUGCAGACGCUAAUAGUCGCCAGGAAAUCUUUAACUGGUACUGCAGCUCUGUGGUUAAAGUCGGAAAAACCAUUCAAAAGUUGGAACGACCUCAAGACCGCAUUACUCAAAGAAUUUCCUGAUUCCAUCGACAGCAAAACCAUUCACGAAAUGAUGGCGGCUAGGAAGAAGAAGAAAGAUGAAAAGUGCUUGGAUUAUAUGCUGGUAAUGAAGGAGAUGGGAAAGCGCGGAAAAAUGCCUGAUUAUGUCGCUAUAAAAUACAUUAUUGACGGCAUAGUCGACUCGGAAGUCAACAAGAUGGUGUUAUACGGCGCUACAACGUACUCUGAACUUAAGGAAAAAAUCAAAAUUUACGAUGUUAUGAGGGAAAAGAUGUGUGCAAGUUCUAACAGAAAUAACAAGCCAGGUAAUAGUGAUAAAGCUGCUUAUCAGAGUUACAAACGAUGCUAUAGCUGUGGAGGGAGAAAUCAUCAGUCAUCAGAGUGUCCAAAUAAAGAGAAGGGGCUGAAAUGCUUCAAAUGCAACGAGUUUGGGCAUAUCUCAACGCAAUGUAAACAACAAGGUGAAACAGUUCGUUCAAGAACGAGUGACAGGAAUGGUGAACGGCGGAAUGAAAACCGAAAGUUUCCGAUGAUCGCCGAGCGAUGUGCGUGGCUGACUUCACUACGUGCGAUUACGAGGUUGGUAAACCUGACGAAUGUGGCAGCCAUGACAGCUCAUUGGAUAACUCAAUCGGACGUACCAACAUAAGUGG